AUGAGGUCGUCUAUGCUGGUCCUGUUGCUUUUCUUCAGUGCCCAGGCCGUGGCCUCUUUUGGGGAGGACUCAAGCGCCACCGACGCCAGAGCUGGCGCCCCACGAGUGGACCCCAAACUCUUCAGCAGACGGCGAAGGCACUCCCCUAGGGUGCUGUUUAGUGCCCGGCCGCCCGAUGCCGACCCAACUGGGUCCCGUAGGACCCGUCGGCGAGCAAGCCAGCCCCAGCACCGAGGCGUGUACUCUGUAUGCGAGAGCAUCAGUGUGUGGGUGGGCAACAAAACCAAAGCCACGGACAUUUCCGGCAACGAGGUGACGGUUCUGCCGGACGUUAACAUCAACAACGUCAACAAGAAACAGUACUUCUUUGAGACUACGUGUCACAGCUCACACGCGGGCAACUCGGGAUGCCUUGGCAUCGACGCCCGACAUUGGAACUCGCGUUGCACCAAUUCACACACAUUUGUGCGGGCUUUGACGUCCUUUAAGAACUUGGUGGCCUGGAGGCUCAUACGCAUCAACGUGGCUUGCGUGUGCGUGCUCAGCCGCAAGUCGUGGAGGCAGUGA